UAGUCUUUGUCAUGCACAUACAAGAGGAACGGCUAAUCCGCAAGAUGGAGUUCUCUGCACUUCUUGGGAAAGGUGUUACAGACCUGACACAGAACCUUCCAGCAGUAUUGUUUUCUGUUAGCCCCUGGGUGUUCCCAUUGGAGGGCAGAGUUCCCCUGUCACUUGGCCCAUUGGCACAGAAGAAUGCAUCCUUGAAGUCUAACGUCAACCAGCGGACGCUCCCAGACAAGGGACAGAAGUCUUCAAACAUGGCCCCACUGCCAGGGGCAGAGCUGGUGCAGAGGCCACUGCAGCUCUACCGAUACUUGCUGCGCUGUUGCCAGCAGCUGCCGACCAAGGGCAUCCAGGAGCAUUACAAGCAUGCCAUCAGGCAGAGUUUCCGGGUUCAUUCGGAUGAAGACAACCCUGAGAGAAUCCAGCAGAUUAUUAAAAGAGCUAUUGAAGAUGCCGACUGGAUCAUGAACAAAUAUAAAAAGCAAAACUGAGAGACCAAGGCCCAGCGAGGAAGCUGUUCUAAAGCCUGUUGAGAGACCUCUCAUCUGGAACCGGUCUGCAACCUGUGUUCUGAAACAUUGACCAACCUUGUAGGCUGAGACAACCAGCAAGCAGGUGCAACACGCUGGUGGUGUCCCCAGCUCCUCUCAACGCAGUCAUGUUGCCAGCAUCCUUUAUGUUUGCUAUUCCAGCCAAUCAUGACGUGAGGUUUGGAGAGAACAUGAUUUUCUUCUGUUU